AUGCAGGAACCGUCGAUGGGACGGAACUCGGUUACGCCAAAGUACCACGGCACCGAGACGGAAGUUGGAACCUUCGUCUCCGACAACAAGCCUUGGAAGCGGAUUCAGUGUCGCAAGACCUUGCCGGAAAGCUCUUUAUCCUAUUCCCACAACCAAUGCCAUUUUGCCAUCUACGGAUACCAAGAAGUGCUCGCAAACUUCACUCCAACCACACGAACUGCCGAGGAAGAAAACCUUUCACGCCAGGUCUUCUUGGUUGUGGAUGCCUUGCCCACCCGUCUGUCCACCGCGCGCGUCACCGGUGUCGCAACGGCGAAGAACUUCGCGACCGAGGUCUGUCCGGUGCCACUCCGUUAA